AUGGUGUACUCCAAUUCCAACUACACCCCCACUUACUACUCAUCACUCCAUGAUUCAAUCACCUCAUUCUGCAAAACCAUUCUUCCUUUCAGCUUCAAGAAACGAUCUUUACAAUCUGCAGAACAUAAGCUCUCAAAGCUACAAUCUGAUAACCUGAAAUGGCAACAGGAUUCUUUCCACCAAGUUUUGAACUUGAUGGGUCUUCACAAAGAAGGAAUUGUAGCAGAAACCGAAGUUUCCGCUUUCAAAACUCACUUGCUUGAAACCCUUAUCGCUUCGUCUUCUGAACAAGAGAAUCCUGUUAUAUUGAGAGACAAGCUUCUGUUUUUGCAGGAACUGCUUUAUGCUAAGUGUAUUUCUGAAGAUGAUUACCAUUCUUCGAAGAGGCCGUUGUUACAAAGAUUAGCAGUGCAAGGAGUUCAGAUUCAAGCUAAGGAUGUGAUUGCGGGGAAGUCGAAAGAUGUGAGAGAGAAUUCUGAAGAGGAGUGGUCUGUGAUUGAUUUGAAGGAUGAUAAGAGUUUGAUGAACAAGGAGAAUUUGAAUUCUAGGGGAAAAUCGAAUCACGGGUUGGGUUUGAAACAGAUUAAAGGAUCGGUUUUGGGGUUUGUUUCGUCUAACAAGCAUGAAAAGAGUAUAUUUGAUUCACCUUCUUUGAGUUCAAAGGGAAAACAACAGAAUGAAGGUUUGUCAAUUCUAAUGGAAGAAAGUGGGCCUCCGGAACCAGGGAAGGAAAGCGGUGGUGGUGGUGGUGGUGGUUCGGAAAAGUCGAAGAGGAAACCUUUUAGGACAUUGUUUCAUAGGGAGCAGAGAGAGGGAUCGGUGAAAAAGCAAUGGGGGUUUGAAGGAUUUAAGAAAGGGAAGAAAAUUGAAUUGGAUGAUGAUGAAACGGCUCCUUUGCCUCUGAAUCAGAGAUCUGAUAGUGAGGCCUUCUCAGCUUCUUCUCAGUCUUUUGCAAGGGAUGGACCAGACACCAAGUUGAUCAAAAAGAAGUUGCAUUCUGAUGGUUCCCCAUCUGAUUUUUUCAUAGACAAGGUUUUGGGAAACAACAUAAAGAAGGAGCUGUCAAGAAUUCAGACAGAACUUAGCAGCACAAAUCCGAAUCUUAAAUUUUCGAAUGAUCAAAUGGAAGCAAUAUCUACCAGGAUUCCAGUGGACAAGGCUGAUUUGAAGAACUACUUCCCCAAAUCAUGGUGCGACCGAUAUGGUGAUGUUGUAUUGGAUGUGGUGAAGAAGGAAUUCAAAAACCAUGUUGAAGAAAUGGAAAACAUGCGGAGCAUAGCAAAAGAAAAACACAGCGGGAACUCGAGGCGGUGGACAACAUUUGAUGAUGAUGAGAAUAUUCAUCCGAAUCUUUUUGUUCAUCGUGACAAUUCAGUUAGCAGUAGUAACAUCAAUCCAUUUUCUCAUGGUUAUUGA